CUGCAGCCUCCCACGUGGUCAGGCAGGGCGGCGCAGCCACGCCGCUUUAAUACGCAACUUUUGUAUAGGACAACAUCUGAUCCAGUCCCAUCUCUGCAGAAAGCUCCGGUGUGAGUGUGCUUGGUCUCCAGAUCGCUCCCAUCUAUCCAUGCUCCAAAUCCUGCGCGCACUGCUGCGUCCUAGUCCAGGACUAAUUCAGAACUGCGCUUUAACGCCUGAUCCCUCUGUGCUGUUACUGCGAAAGGAGCGCUACGAACUUUAUCAAAACUUAACUGGAGCGUUUUAACAAAAAGGGAAUUUCGGUUGUAUUUCUGGGAGCUCUCACUAUGGAGAAAGGAAACAGCGGCUCGGACGGGGAAAGCAAGCCGGAGUGCCAAUGUGCCACCAAGCCCGGGGUCCAGCGGUGGCUGCCGGGCUUUCCUCUCCUGCUCUGUCUGCUCAUGUCUCUGAGCUCCAUCACCGUGUGUCUUCUGAUGGGCUUCAGGACCCACCAGCUGGAGAACCGGCUGCACAUGGAGCUUGACAAGGCAUCAAUCCUCCUUUCUCCGAAGAGAACUUUCCUAAACGAGGAUGGGACCCUGAUUUCAACGCUCAGCGCCCCAGUGGGACAGCUGGUGGAGGAGAAAAUGGCAGCUCUGAUGCCAAAAUUGCGGACAGCUAGGGAUAUUGGCCAAGGGUGCUCCUGUCCUCCAGGGCCUCCAGGAAAACGUGGACGGAUUGGAAAGAAAGGCGAACCUGGGCUUCCUGGCAAGGCUGGACGGGAUGGAUACCCGGGUCCACUUGGCUUGGAUGGCAAACCAGGCUUUCCAGGUCCCAAAGGAAGCCAGGGGCUGCCCGGACCCAAGGGAGAGAAGGGUGACCAAGGAGACAUUGGGCCAAGGAUGGUUUUCCCUCGAUAUGAUCACGGCUUUCUCGCUGGAGAGCAGUCCAGCACCUUUCAGAGACGCUUUAUGAAGGGUGAUCAAGGCCAAGCUGGACCUGCCGGGCCUCCUGGUCCACCGGGUCCUCCCGGGCCCCGUGGCCCCCCAGGGAACACCGGGAAGGACGGGCCCCGUGGCCCUGCUGGAGAGGCGGGUUUGCCUGGUCGGGAUGGUGUAGAGGGACCGCAGGGAGCCCCUGGGAAGCCGGGAGAAGAUGGAGAACCUGGCUAUCCAGGACAGCAGGGUCCUCCAGGGCCAAGGGGGGAACCAGGUAUUGGAGAAAAGGGAGAGAGAGGCAUGGAUGGACUACCAGGAAUAAAGGGUGAUAAAGGAGAGGCAGGAGAGCAAGGACCACAGGGACCCAUGGGUUAUCCUGGUGAAAAGGGUGCUGCAGGCUCCUCAGAUAUUGUUGAUUUCAACGGGAAGCUUCUAGAUGCUUUCCAGGCCAUCAAAACCAUCAGUGUUUCGGGUCCACCUGGACCACCAGGACCUCCCGGCCCUCAAGGGGAAAAGGGAGAGCUUGGAUUACCUGGGCCUGCAGGAGUAGAUGGAGAAAAGGGAUCCAAAGGUGAUGUGGGUGAAACAGGACCUCCUGGUGAGAGAGGAGAGAAAGGAGAGAUGGGUCUGUCUGGACCUUCUGGGAUGGAUGGACACAAAGGGGAAAAAGGUGACUGCAGACUGGAUGACAACCUGAUUCAGAUGAUUUCUCAGCCGGGGCCUCCUGGUCCCCCUGGACCUCCAGGAGUACCUGGGUCUCCAGGAUCCAUGGGGCUGCAUGGUAUGCCUGGUCCUAAGGGUGAGCCAGGAAUCGGGAUUAAAGGAGAGAAGGGGGAACAUGGGGCUCCUGGAUACAAGGGACUGGACGGCCACCAGGGUCCACCUGGGGCUCCUGGGUUAGUGGGCCUCCCAGGCGCAAAGGGAGAAAAGGGUCGACCAGGGGAACCGGGUCUAGAUGGUUUUCCAGGUCUGAGAGGAGAAAAAGGCGACCGGGGGGAAAAAGGAGACAAGGGUGACAGAGGGACGGUCGGGAAGAGAGGUCUGAAGGGUAGCAAGGGAGAGCAGGGUCCUCCAGGACUGGACCAGCCGUGUCCUGUGGGCUGUGAUGAAAGUAAAGAUCAGUCUGUGAAGGCAGGGCUUUCUUCCCCUGAAACUGCUCCUCUUCCUCCUUCUGGCCCCGAGGCCCCCUGUCCUGUGGGACAUGAUGGGCUUCCAAUACCAGGCUGUUGGCAUAAGUGAUGACUAACCAGCAGCAUGGGACCUGUACAUAUUGAUAUGGAGGAAAUGGCGAGGCAGAAAAUCAAACGCAAGCGUCUCUCUCAGCCCUGAAAGGAACGGAUCCCGGCAGAGAGGGGAUAUAUAAAUUGGCAGAGAGUGUUUGGUUUUUUUUAAAAGGGGCUUUUUAUGAAGCAGAGCUUCUUAUCUGAUGUGUUUGCGUCACACUCAGAUCUUGCGUUACAGAGACUCUCCAGGAGGGGGCGACAGAACUCUGAUUUUCCACAUUCACCUGUGAUGGGAAGGAAACCUGUUGCUGAUGAUGUUGCGCUGCAGCUGGAUAACCAGCUGAAGUUUUCUGGGAGUCAUUGACGUCUCUGGCACAUAAGGAAGGAAAUUACUGUGCAGAUACUUUGUUGUCGAAGAUUGUUGUAAAAUAUUAAUGCAUGGCCAUGAUGUUUAGCACCCUGACAGCUUGUGGGACAUUUGAUCAAACCCCAAAUAUUAUUUUUUUCAAUUUUUUUCCCCAGUUAACAGUCUUUCAUUACACAUAAAAGACUUCAGACCUACAGAAAUAUCAUUAAGUCAACUAUUGUAAAGCUUACGUGUGUUUUAUUGGUUUUGCAUAUUGUUUUUUUUUUUUCUUCAGUUACAGUUUGCAUUCCUGUGUAUACUGCCUUGAUUGCUGAGUAAAAUUUGAAGGAACCGUUUAUCAGUAUUUUGGAUCGGUCAGUGUUGCCAUGGCAAAGAAUCGCCCUCAGCUGAUGCACUUCAACUUAUAGGACUUCAGCUGCGAAGGAAGGCGGGAUGGAUUGCUGCUUACAGUAUUUUGGACAACAGUAGAAGUUUCAUGCUGCUGACUUAAAUGUGUGUGUGAGUGUGUCUAUAUAUUUGUGAAUCAAAAUUAACUCUGAAUUUAAGAACAGUUAUACUUAAUAAUGUCAUUUGAACCAAUCAUAUAUGCAAUAACUUUUCAUUGGUCACAGCUUUUAUUUUCUCUCAGAUAUAUAUGUUCUGGAUGUGUUUUUUUUUUCUUUUUGCUGUAUGGAUUUUUAAAGUUACUACAAAAGCUGUCUUUGACGUGAUGCUGGCAGCAGCUCUCUCAGAUGGAAACAUUCAUUGGUGCUUACUCACAUUGCAAUUUAAACGCACACAUCUGCAGUCUUUUAAAAACCUAUUUCUACUGCUUGUUCUGCCUUGUACUUAUACACUUUUAAAUAUAUGAACAUAUUUGGAAACCGAGGGAGGAUGGAUACAGUAAACACAGAUGCAUUGGGGAACCUUUAAGUAAAUUGAUGUGUCCUUUUAUGUUUUACCUGCCUACAUGCAGUAUUUUCUUUUAAUUAAAAAAUGUUUUCUCCUUUAACGUUACUGCAGUUUUUGGAUUUCUACGGGUUUAUUUAGAAUUGAGAAGAUUUGAGCACCAUCUGCAGUGGUUCUAAAGACUAUACAUAGCCCUGUUAAAAUGUUUUCUCUCUCUGUACUGUAAAGUAAUUAGACUGUAUUUUUUUAAAGAGUAUUUUUAUUUUUGAUGUAUUGUUUUUUUCCCUUUCAGAAUUCACCUUAAAAACACAUUUAUUAGUGAAAAAACUAAAAAAAAAAAAUUGCUAAAAUAAUUUGACAUUUGGUAUGAUGCUACAGAAAAAAACUUUCACUAUUGGUAAAAAGUAUAAUUAAUGUUAGAUUUAUGUCAAACGUAGCUUAUGGGUCAUAAGACAUUCUCCAUCAAUGAUAUAAAGUCCUGACAUCAGCGUUAUUUUGUAAUGUCAGAAAACUAAGGCUAUAACUGAAGGAUGCGAACGAAUAAGUGUGACUGAAAAAAUCCUUCAAGAACAAUAAACUGGAUUAGAUUAAUUGUAAACAUAUUUACAAACAAAACAAACUAUCUCAUUUGUUUGCUUUUAUUUCUUUAAAGUGAGAUAGUCUACGUAUUUUGAGAAACUCCUUUUGAAAUGUGUGUUGAGUGAAAGUUAGAAAAUGUUUGUAGAUAUGUGCUUAAGUUCAAAAUACCCAGAUUUCUUGUACAAUUUUUGUCUUUAUUCAUAUAAAUCUAUUUGAUUUUUGGACCGAGAGUUUUAAGGUUUAUACAUCUUAGUUUAAACAGGAUCAGAUCUUAAAAAUAUUCAAUUAAGAGAAGAAGGUUUCUGUAUACAAGUACUUUAAUCAGAACAACUCAUCGAGUUAUGCCAAUAUAAGCUGGUAAUUAUCUGCUUUAUGUUUAAUGCUUUUACAGAUUCUGUUCAAACUAUUUGCUUGUUAUAAUGGAGUUGAAUUGUGAUUAAAGUUUUACAUCUUACUCAACCUAACUCUACAUUGUUAGAAUGACUUUGUGACAUUUUUUUUCUCUGGUUGUGUAUCUGCUUACAAAAUAUUCCAUCUGUUCUUGCCAAACCAACAUGUAGACAGAAAGAAACUUUCAAGUGUUAUGAGGUUUUUUCAUUAUUAUUCUCAUUUAUAUGCAGUUGUUCUCUUUAUUGAUCAAACGGAUAUGCAAACUUAACUUAAUAACUUUAAACUUUUAUUAAACUGAAUUUACAAGUGAGAUCAUUUUUAAAUAUACUAUAGUAAUAUAGUAUCUACUAUACUAUAAUCAUCAGUAUU